GGUGUGUGUAGGAGACGCGUUACUGGACGAUCAAACACUAAUGCUGCACGAGGACCUAUGCCUGGUGGCAGCACUUCCAACAUGAUGCGCAUCUAUUCGGAUGAUUCCCCCGGUCUUCGAGUUGAUCCUGUGGUUGUACUUGUUCUGUCGCUGACUUUCAUUGCCUCGGUGUUUGGUCUGCAUAUCGUGGGCAAGUUCUUGCGUGCUUAG